AUUUGUUUUUGGCAACAAGAAAUCAAAUAUGCAUCUCCUAAACUUACUUUUCUUCACUUUAGCCUUCUUUUCUCAUAACGUAUAUUCAAGUUUCAACACCUCCGUUAUACCCAUAACAAAAGAUGACCAAACAUCACUUCACAAAAUCACUUGGGGGUACAAGGUACGACAAUGGGACGGAGAACCGUAUCUCCUCCUCGACCUCGAGGCUCCCUUUACCUGGAAAGACAUCAAGAUCACACACUCAGAAGUUGCUUGUGGCCUAGAAGAAGGUUGCCGGUUUCCGGUUCGAUGCGACACCGUUUUAUGCAAAGAAGCAAAAUCUUACAUCAACCCUAUUUGCCCUUCACUCAACGUCACCAACAAAUACGGGUGCAACAUAUGUUCAGUCACCCCGCACAAUCCCGUUUCAAACGUUUGCAAAGUGUCGCAACUAACAACCGAUCUAGCGGAGUUGUACUCGACUAAUGGUCGAAACCCGAGCCAGGGUCCAAGAUGGCCGUUUGGAACCGAGUUUGUGUUGUCAUGCGCACCGCAAUCUUUAACGCAAUCUUCUCCUAAAGAUGUUAGAGGUGUUGCGGGGUUUUCAUGGUCUGGUUUGUGUUUUCCACGUCAGCUUGCGUCUACUGGCGUUACUAACGCUGCGAAGUUCGCACUUUGUCUACCGAGCUCUUCGUCGGUUCUUGGUGUCACAUUUCUGGGUGAAGGGCCUUUUUAUUUUACGAGUAAUGCGAAACUUGAUCUUAGAAGCUAUCUUUCGUACACUCCGAUGGUUCGAAAGAGUCCCAAAUCGCUCGGAUAUUAUAUUAAGAUAAACCGAAUCUUGAUCAAGGGGACACCGGUUAAUUCUAUACCGAAAGGUAGUUCGGUGAAGAUCAGUAGUAGAGUGGCGUACACAACACUCAGAAGUGAUAUCUAUAAAGCUUUGGUUGCGAGUUUUACAAAGGCUACAACUGGCAUUCCUCAAGUAACCGCGGUUAAACCGUUUGGUUUGUGUUUUAAAGAUGGUGUGUUUGGGUCGGGUGGUGUUCCGAAGAUUGAUCUUGAGACGGAAAGUGGGAAGAUAUGGAGUAUUUCGGGCGAGAAUUCGAUAAAGCGGGUUGGGAAUGGUGUCGCGUGUCUAGCGUUUGUGGAUGGUGGUUUGAAAGUGACGGAUUCGAUAGUGAUUGGGACAUUUCAGAUGGAGAAUAAUUUCUUGUACUUUGAUUUGGUGAAUCAGAAGUUGGGGUUUAGCUCCUCGUUGUUGGCUCGAGGAACCUCUUGCGGCAGGUUCAACUUUACUCAAGUGGGGAACUGAGCUGAUGGUCGAGAGUUGUAACCGGGAUCACGGAAUAAGGAAGCGCAUGUGCGUGUUUGUGGGUUAAUCAACUGUGAUGUCUGUUAAACUCGAUUUGACACAAAUAAAUGUAUCGAGUGUCCGUCCACAAAGCUAGUUUGUAAGCCUUGUACUUAAUUAUUAGUAAUGAACUUGCCACUAUGUUUUUCCUUUGUCAA